UAUAUAUAUAUUCUCAUACUCCUAUAUAAAAUCCACGCCCCCUCAUUAUAUAUUCAUAUUUUCAUACAUAUAAGGUCAAAAGGUCCAAAGGAUCAUAAAUCAGACUUUUGACAUAAGCUAUAGUAAUAUUACUACUAACGACAUAGAACGUCUGUACAGCACUGAAACACUAUGUUUAAAAAAACAACUGGACCGCUGAACCUCGUCUUCUUAAUAUUAGCAACUUUGUAACUUUGAUACACGUGCCGCUGACUCGUUACUUUGUCUUCUCAAUAUGAAACACUUCACAAUACAUGUACAUAAAACACUGAGGUGCUUUCUAGAACAUUAUACGCUCCGAAAGAAAAAACAAAAUCUCAUUCCCAGUCUGACAGAACCACCUGCUGGAGAUAUAGAGAAUAAUCGCUAAUUGCUUUCAAUACCGGUGUUUUUAACUUGGACUAUAACACCAGGGGAGAGCGCGAACGCAGCCCCCCACUCCCAGAAACGACACAGUCGAGAUUCCCGCAUUUGCGACAUGUGAGCUGUUCCACAAAAGGGAUGGAUGUGUAGAAAAGCCUACACGUCUGUGUGAAUGAAAUUCAAAAAUGGAAACAAAUGUUUGCCCAAUGUGUCUUUUGUACAUUCUCUGCUUCAAAUCAGAGGUGCCAUCGAGUAUAAAAAGGUGGGUGUGGGGCACAAUGUUGGACGAAUAGCUCUUUUGCAUAAAGACCAUUCAAAUGUAUUGUUUUAUGCUGCAAAGCUCAAGGCUAGCUCUCCCUUCUAGUAACACGUAUUACCAUGCAGGAGCCUUGCUAUUGGCCCGCGCAUGUGCAGCCCAGAGCUGCUUAAGUGUUACUGUUUGUGACAAAUGAGAGAUCUGGAAAUCCCUCCCCCAACCUGUCACUGCAUGAAUGAUAUUAACCUAAUACUAUGAAAGAGAUAAACCAAUAGGGUUGAAUGAGAGCAAUCAGCAGACAAAUACGUGUUUAAUGGGGUUUGUGAAUCUCUAAAUAUACAGGGACAGAACAAGAACUGAAAUGUUUGUUGUUUGUGGGCUACAUUUAUAUUUGACUGAUUUUAAAUUCUUUCAUUGAUAUUUUCUUUGUGUUUAAUCUUUCACACCUCGCUGUGUGAAGGUCUGAUGUGGCAGCAUGCAGAGAAUUGGAUGCGUUGUUUUUAAUAUCCGCGCUAUAUCAAUAUGCACCAUUAAGAUUCUACCCCGGGAACUGAAAAUAUUUAUAACAUUAGGAACAUGUGUAUCCUUUUAGAAUUUUUUAUUCUCUUGUUACUUGUAAUACCUCAGCAUUGGAGAGAGCCGACACUUUUAAAUAUCUAGGGGUUUAUAUUGACACAACUCUUCAAUUUGAUAAACCCAUUAAAGAUGUAUGUAGUAAAAUUGGAAGGAAGCUUGGAGGAUUGUGUGGUCAGCGCCACUGUGUAAGCUUUACAGCAAGGUUUAAAUGAGUUACUUGUGUUCACUAUUCUAGACUAUAAUGAUGUGAUGUGCGGGUCUGCUAGUGAGGAAUCGCUGAAGAAGAUCGAUACAAUGUGUAACAGGAUGUGUAUCUGUGUGCUCCCGUGUACUCCGCUAGCGCAUCACUGCAGCGCGUAUUCUACAUUAAACUUGCGAUCGCCUGCUAACACAAGGAAUUAUCACUGGAAUCGGAUUCUCUUUAAAGGGGCACACAACACAUUACCAGUUUAUUUAAACAGCUUGUUUCUGAGUUUACCUGUAAAUACAGCCUAUCGUAAUGUCUGAGACACACAAUACUUUAAUAUACCGUCUGGAAAAAGUGCUGCGGGAAGAAAGUCUUUCGUUUUGUUCUGCUGCUACAGACUGGAAGCUGUUACCCGCAGGACUGAGACCUGACAUCUCCUGUGGGAAUUAAAAAAACAAACCCUGUUGUUCUAGUGCUUAAACAGGCUUGUGUGUGCGCUGUGUAAAUCUGAGGUGUACUUUGUGUAUUGUCUUGUCAUUGUGCGUUUAUAUUAUUUUUAUUUUUGAAACCUGUAACCUGCUGCUGUUAUUUCUAGCACGCCUUUGUAAACGAGCUACUUGUAGCUCACAUGGCCUUCCUAAAUAAAUAAUUAAAAAUCAAAUAAAUAAAUAAUAAAGAGCGCGUCACGUUUCCGGUUAUAACCGCACUGAAAUAUACUGGCUUUAAAACAAGAAAAGACAACCGAUGCAGCUGCGCAGCAGAGACAAGAGAACGAGGCAAGCGCGUUUAUUGUUUGGAAAGUAACUGUAAUGUUAUUACUGCCAUUAAAAGCUAAACGCGUUAUAUUACCUCGUUAUUGACUAAAGUAAUAUUAUUACAGUAAGGCGUUACUAAAGUAACGAGAUUCCGUUCAAACCGUCAUCACAAACAUACGUGUAACAGAACAUUCCUUAACAUUACAUAUUAUAGAUUUGGGGCUAAAACACAAAGUCAGACUCUUCAGCCCUGAUAUUAAACAGUUGUUAAUAUCAGUUGUUUAAUUCCUAAUCUUAACAUUGUAAUAUUUGUUGGGGGAUUUAGAAACAGUUUCAUAAAAUAUCUGAUUCGGCAGUUUCUGCUCCCCCUGCUUGUCUAAACCUGGCCUCAGUCCCAAACCCCGCCUCUCAGAGCUUUACACAACUCCAGGAAAUCAGCGCAGUGAAGUUUCGUUUCUUGUGAAAUCGUCAGUCUCUCUGUCUCACUGCAGCAAGAAUGGCUUCAAAAGUAUGGUCAGAGGAUCGGUUUAGCUGUUCAGUAUGUCUAGAGCUAUUGAAGGACCCAGUCACUAUUCCAUGUGGACACAGUUACUGUAUGAGGUGUAUUAAGAACUACUGGGAUCAGACUGAUCAUACAGGUGUCUACAGCUGCCCCCAGUGCAGAAAGACCUUUACCCCAAGGCCUGAUCUGUGCAGAAACACCAUGCUGGCCGAACUUGUGGAGGAAUUAAAGAAGACAGGACUCAAUCCUCCUCCUGCUCAAAGUUAUGCUGGACCUGGAGAUGUGCCGUGUGAUUUCUGCACUGGGAGAAAGUUCAAAGCUGUGAAAUCCUGUUUGACAUGCCUGGCCUCUUACUGUGAAACACACGUCAAGCCACACUAUGAGGGGGCUGCUUUCAAGAGGCACAAGCUGAUCAAUGCAAUUGGAGAUCUGGAGCAGAAGCUUUGUGCUGAACACCAGAAGGUUUUGGAGGGAUUCUGCAGAACAGAUCAGACGUGUAUUUGUUGGCUGUGUGCAGACGAGGAACACAAGGGUCAUGAUAUAGUCUCAGCUGGGACUGGGAAACAGAAGCAGCUGGGAGAGACACAGAUUGAAAUACAACAGAGAAUCCAGAAGAGACUGAAAGAAAUUGAAGAACUGAAACAGGCUGUGGAGACACUGAAAAGAUCUGCAUGCAUAGAAAUAAAGGAAAGUGAGAAGAUCUUUACUGAGCUGAUCCGAUCCAUUGAGAAGAUCCACACUGAGGUUAUUGAGCUGAUUGGAGCUAACGAGAAGGCUGCAGUGAAUCAGGCUGAAGGACGCAUGAAGAAACUGGAGCAGGAGAUUGCUGAGCUAAGGAGGAGAAACUCUGAGCUGAAACAGCUUUCAGAGACAGAGGAUCACAUCCAUUUUCUACAGAAUUUCCAGUCUCUCUGUGCCCCUCCUGAAGCUGGAGACUUACCCAGCGUUACUGUCAAUACAGACAUCUCUUUUGGGGCUGUGAGGAAAGCUGUAUCUGAACUUAAAGACCAUAUUGAGGAUUUCUGCAAGGGGGAAUUAGUCAAAAUAAACACAACAGUGAAUGAAGUUGCAGUUUACAGUCUGCAGGCUCCAGAGCCAAGGAACAGAGCUGAGUUUUUAAAAUAUUCCUGUCAGCUCACACUGGACCCCAACACAGCGUAUAGAGAGCUCUGUCUGUCUGAAGGGAACAGAAAGGUGACACGGAGGAGAGAGACCCAGAGAUAUCCUGAUGAUCACCCAGAGAGAUUUGAUUGCUCGAACCAAGUGCUUUGCAGAGAGGGUUUGUCUGGGACUCGCUGUUACUGGGAGAUUGAGUGGAGUGGGGGAAGGGCUUCUAUAGGAGUCACAUAUAAAGGAAUCAGCAGGAAAGGAGGGGAUCGUUCCUGUGGCGUUGGAUACAAUGACAAGUCCUGGAGUUUGCGCUGCUAUGAUUCCAGUUACACUGCCCGGCACAAUAACAAUAAAACUGCAAUAACUGCCCCCCACUACCCCAGAAUAGGAGUGUAUCUGGACUUUAAUGCCGGCACCCUGUCCUUUUAUGACGUCUCUGACACAAUGACCCUCCUGCACAGAUUCCAAACCACAUUCACUGAACCGCUCUAUCCUGGGUUUAGGCUUCAUUGUUUUGAUUCCAGUGUAACAAUCUGCCAGCUGAACUAGACUGUUUGGUGUUGUAAGAAACCCUUUGUAUUGAACUCCCUGUCUGUCCUCUCCACUCCUCGGGUGAAGGGAAUGUUCAAUCUGACACAACUUUGGGUGAAAGUUAGGGGGUAAAACGGCGCCACCUGCAGAGCGAAACGAGGUGAAUUAUAUGUUUUUAGCAACGAAUGGAUUUCAUACGAAGUAACUGUAUUUAAUUUAUUUUUAAGAAUUGUUAUGUUUUAUAUAUAUUUUAAAAAAUGUCAUCCAAUAGUCAGUGCUGUAACAGUUUUUAGAAAAAGUGAACUUACGUUUGCUUUAUUGUGUGUGUGUUUUUGUUUUUCUUUGAUUUCCAUAAAAUGUUUGUUCUGUUUAUUAUUUCAGAUUUUAGUAAUGUGAUUUAAUAAAAUAAAUAAAAAAUU